AUGAGGUUAACUCCUUUAGCCAACGUGACUGAAGAAUCGAAGCGUCUCGCCGCUUACAAAGCCGUGGACGAUAACUUCCCACCAGAGGCUAAGGUCAUCGGCAUUGGUUCAGGGUCCACGGUGGUUUACGUUGCCGAGAGAAUUGGCCAACUAGACAACAAGGACACCUUCGUUUGUAUUCCAACUGGGUUCCAAUCAAAGGGAUUAAUCCUCGAGAAUGGACUGAAAUUGGGCAGUAUUGAACAGUAUCCUGAUAUCGACAUUGCAUUUGACGGUGCAGAUGAGGUUGACACCCAGGUCAACGCCAUCAAGGGUGGUGGUGCAUGUCUCUUCCAGGAGAAACUGGUUGCCUUCUCUGCUAAGCAGUUCAUCCUCGUUGCCGACUUUAGAAAGAAAUCGUCCAAUUUGGGUAUCCAAUGGACCAAAGGUGUUCCAAUUGAGGUUGUGCCAUCUUCAUACGUCUACGUGGAGAACCAAUUGAAGAAGCUCGGUGCAGAAAAGAUCACUUUAAGACAAGGUGGAUCCGCCAAAGCUGGCCCAGUUAUCACUGACAACAACAACUUCCUCAUCGAUGCACACUUUGGUGUUAUCCAAGACCCAGCCAAGCUCCAUGAACAGCUCAUCAACAUAAUAGGUGUUGUUGAAACUGGGCUGUUCUUGGAACACCCUUCCAAGGCCUACAUCGGCGAAGAGAACGGUACUGUGACCUUGAGAACUAAACAAGGCGACUCAAACGUUGAGUUGUAA